CCGGGUCCUUGGGCAAUGUGAAUCUAUUUCUUAUAGCCUAAUCAAGUAAGACAAAGAGGGAUUGAUUCCCAUUGAACGAAUAUAUCUUUCCCUGAAUCAUGCAUCUCAAGUUAGCGUUACCUCUCUUCCUCGCCGUUGCUGAGGCCUGGACUCCUCAGUCCAGAGCGGCGGCAAAAGCCAACGGCGAGAAGAUUACCGAGCGAUGGCUUCCAAAUGAUGAUAGAAUCCGCGGCGUCAAUCUCGGCUCGCAGUUCAUAAUCGAACGAUGGAUGGCCGAAGAAUCGUGGAAGAACAUGGGCUGCAGUGCCUACAACGACGAAUGGGCAUGCGUCAAAGGCAUCGGUCAGGACAAAGCCAACGCCGCCUUCAAGAAACACUGGGAGACUUGGAUCACAGAAGAUGACAUCAAGCAGAUUGCAAGUCUUGGUCUCAAUGCCGUUCGCAUCCCUGUUGGAUACUGGAUGUACGAGGAUAUCAUCCAGAAAGGCGAAUACUGGCCCCGCGGCGGCAUCUGGCAUCUUGACCGAAUUGUCGGAUGGUGCAAGAAGCAUGGCAUUUAUGCGGUUAUUGGACUCCACUCUGCUCCUGGUAUUAGCUCGCCGAACGAACAGUUCACCGGCCAUUCCAUCCCCAAUCCUGGAUUCUAUACUGCCGAGAACUAUGAACGAGCCUUCAAGUUUCUCGAGUGGAUGACCAAGCGCAUCCAUACUAAUGGGAACUACACUACUGUUGGCAUGCUCGAGGUCCUGAACGAGCCCGUACGCGCUGGCAAGUGGAAGGCUGAGGCAGAUGACAUGAUCAAGAAUUACUACCCUGGUGCAUACAAGCGCAUCCAGGCCAUGGAGGGUUACCUCAAGGUUCCCAAAGCCGAUCGCUUACACAUCCAAUACAUGGGCAAAAGUUGGGGUGCAGGCGACCCAAGACAAUACCUCCCAGACGACGAUCUCAUCUUCUUCGAUGCCCACCGCUACCUAUCCUUCGACAACAGAAUCGCCGGUAAUAAGAAAGCAUAUAUCCAAACCGCCUGCAAAGACAACAUGGGCCAGCACGUUUUUGUUGGUGAAUGGUCCCUAUCCGUGAACUCAACUUUGAAGAACACAGAUGAGUUCAAGAUUGAAGGCCAAGAAACAUGGUACAAGGCUUACUGGGCCGCUCAAGCUGAGUCUUUUGAGAAAUCAGAUGGAUGGUUCUUCUGGUCUUGGAAGUGUGACGGAGAUCUUGGCAAGAAGGAUUGGAGAUGGUGUUAUCAAGCUGCUGUUGCCGCUGGUGUUAUUCCCAAGGAUGCUAGUAAGGCUAAGAGUUUGAGCCCUUGUGCUAGGUAUACCAACUAAGUUGUAGAACCUUGGUGGGUCAGCUCCGUUCUUCAAUUCUGUAUAUAGUUUGAACCUCUUACUCGGUUAUUGAUGCCGAGCGAGUACAGAAAUCUUGACUUGGAGUAUCAGAAGUCUAGCGAAUUGUUC